CGCUUGCUUGACUUGGUGCGGUGUUGUUGCAGAUGGCUUUGCGAUUUCGAAUUCUCAUUUAAGUUGAUUUUGGAGCGAUCGGGUUUGUUGACCGAGAAUUUUAGGUUCGAUGAUCAUAUACACACCCAUGCCUUGCUGUCCGCCUGGAACAUCUGUAUUUGACGUCUCUUACCUUGCCAGUACUACCACCAUCACCACUGUCAUUGUUGUUUGUAUUAAUAUAAUAGGCUCAUUUCGAUUCACCUCUGUCAUUCUUGGACAUCUGUUCACAUCUUUUUCAUGUACCAUUCUCUUCUCUCCUCUAUAUUCAGUUUUAUAAUCUCUCAUUUUACAACUCAAUCUCCUGUACGUCGACAUGAUGUUCCAUGCUCUUAGCAACCUGAAUGCUACAGAAAAAACUCACUAAUUUAUGUUCAAGUGCUAUUCCUCUUGUAUGUAAAUGACCUUCCUUGUCUCCUAUCAUCAUCGGUCUUGCUAUAUGCUGACGAUGUCAAGAUAUGGAGAACGAUACGAUGUAAGAGUAAUAGCUUAAAACUUCAAAAUGACCUGAAGAAGUUAUCUGAAUAGUUUCAAACCUGGUAGUUGCCGAUAAAUACUUCCAGGUGUGUUGUGACACAUAUUGGUCAUCAAGGUACAGAUACAUACAUGAUGAAUAACACUGAGCUACCUGUCGUCCAGACAUAUAAUGACUUAGGAGUUAUCGUUAGCAAAGACCUAAAGACUACUGCACAUCGUCGUGCAAUAGCCACCAAAGGUCUUAGAACCUUAUGGUCAGUAUGUAGGGCUUUUAGUCAUGUCGACGCCAAGACGUUUUUGACUUUGUACACAGUGUUCGUACGUCCUAAACUUGAGUACUGCAUACAAGCGGCUAGCCCCUGCCUUAAAAAAGACAGUGAGCUUCUGGAAAAGGUUCAGAGAACGGCAACUAAGCUGAUUCCCGGGAUAGCGAAGCUUCCGUAUGAAUCUCGACUGGCCAAGCUAAACCUUUUCCCGUUGUCAUAUCGCAGAACUAGAGGCGACUUGAUUACAGUCUUCAAAUUGCUUAGUGGCAAGUUUGCACCUGAUAUGCCCUCAUUUUUCUUGUCUUCCAAAACAGAGAAUUUACUAGGACACUCCAAAAGAGUUCACAAGCCCAGAACAAAUUACCUGUCAGCUGACUACCGACUUUCCCACCGAAUCAUCAACGAGUGGAAUUCAUUACCUCAGCACGUGGUUGGGGCUCCAUCCGUCGACUCUUUCAAAAGAAAGUUGAAUCAACUGAGAGACCACCAUUGCCAGGACUAACAUAGGCCAUCAAGCCUCCUAUCCUUCCCAAACUGAAAUUGAAACUUAAUCAGCUCUCGAAUUCAUUAGGGUUAGUACUGUUUAGCUGCUAGACUACCCACAUUGUACCAUACUGAAUCCUAAAACCGUAUCUUAACAUAAAGAAGCGUUACUGAGUACCAAUCCAUUAACACAAGUUCGUCAUGUUGGAAGUCCACUCUCAAAUCCCAUGUGGGAUAUAUGUAGGAUAUAAUGUGAAAUAAAUCUCACCAUUGUAGUUGAGCCUUACCUUCACAACCGAUGGUUAAUCUAUGGUCGCUCCAAUUUCGUACUUCGUGUAUAUCGCGCAAUUUCGUUUUUCUCAUACUGUGAACUCGUUUUUGCGUCGUUGUAGUUUUGGCUCACUCAGAUCACUUUCACUUCAUAAUACCAUGUAACUAAACUUACUAUACCUCAUAAACCUCAAAAUAUCUUCGCAAAUUCUUUCGAUUUUUCUCCGACUCUCUGGGAUGCUAAGUAUGUCUUCCUCUCGGUUUGCCACUUAUAGUUUUUGCGUCGCUCAGUUUUAGCAUAAUAAUAUAGUGUGUAUUCUCAUAAAAGCAACUCAAUUUGUGUGCGUAAAUUAGUUUUAUGGGAAAUAGACUCUUUGAUGUUGUGAUAGAUUUGGUCGCACACUGAGUAAUUAGAUUGUAGAAACAUUUUCAAAGCGACUAAAGUAUUCUCGAAUUUCUAGGAUCUCUAUGUGCACCGCAUUUCCCAACUGGUACGUAAGUAUUCUGACAUAAAUUUCUACACAUACGUACUCCUGGUGUUAUAGUCCCUAUUUCUGUGUACAUGUCGAUAUAUCCCGAUAUUUUGAUAUGAAUGUUGGGCUCUUGAGUGUUUUUUUCAUACACACCAUUCGAUGGUGCUAAUUAUUGCUGACAAGUAAAUUUUUCAGUUAACCUGAUACUGGCUAAGUAUGCUGUCUGAAGCCGUCAGUUUCAAAAACAAUCAGUGGUUGCUCUGCAACUAUCAAAAUGCGCGUUAAUAUUCAGAGUAGUCCAAUUAUAUGUUCACAGAAAAACUAACUGGGUUUUGAAAGGACAGGAGGCUUGAUGGUCUGUGUCAGUCCUGGUACUCGUCUCGUGACAGUCACUUUAUUGACAUUUCUUCGACUGAGUAAGCAAACUUAUUACUCGUCUUUGAAUGAAAUGAAUAAUUAAUGACAACUAAAUCUACAACAUUAGCGAGUAAGGUAAUAUAUGUUUAUAUAUACAUAUGUAAGAUCAAUUUACGAUUUAGUACCACUUAUCGAGAGUCGCAUAUAUACAUAUAAAGUUUCUGUUGUUGAUAGAUAUGACACUUCAGACCCAUUUCUUUUAUCUCUAGAAGGAUUCAAUAUGACCCAAAGGAUUACUUCAUGUACUGUUUCUGAAGUACCUGAACGUUUAUGCACUUCCUCCAUGGACGCACUACGAAUCUCACCGUUUACUGAUACGCUUUCCAACAAAACUGGCGAUGUAUGCAGAAUAGAGCACACUCAGUUCGGUGAAGUUUAUAUUUGUAGAGUGUGUAAUGUGAAAUGCACCGGUAAGGCCCCAUUUUCCCAGCAUAUAUCUGGAUCACAUCAUAGAAAAAACUGCAAUGCCAUUACCUAUUUCUGUAACGAGUGCAAUACAAGCCUUAAUUCUUCUGAACAAUAUACCCUACAUUGCAGUGGAUCAAAGCAUAUGCGAAAUAUAAUUUCUUCUUCUGACAAUUCUAUGUCUGAACAGUUUGGAGUUGAGCAACAAUUCAAUAAAAGCAACAAUGUUCCUUACUUCUGUAUACCUUGUGGUCUUAGUUGCUCUUCCAAAGAGCAAUUGGAUUCUCAUUUCUUAGGUAAAAAACAUAAGAAGCAAUGUAAAAAAUAUAAGCCAUCUGUAUCAGGUCAGCUGUCGGGGUACGUUUUGAAUGAACAGUCAAAUCAACCGAUUGGUCAACCUGACUUUUUCUCUUCAAUGCCUACUUUAUUCAAUACAGCUAGUGAGAAUUCGCCAAACUUUUGGUUUCCAAAGUUGGUUCCUUGUAUAAGAAAUAUCAUGGAGCUGGAGUCCAAAUUGACAUUAACAAAUAACUUUUCUCCGUUUUUGGCUUCAGUCACUCCCUGUUCAUAUCAAGAACAAACAGAUUCAAAGAGUGAUCUUUCACCCAAUCAGCAGGAUAGUGGCGACUCUUCUGAGCCCAAACAGUUUUGUAGACACGGUGAAUGUAUUCUGAUGAGGUCAUUACAGUUUUAUGAAGGUGAUUUAAAUACAAGAAUUGGUAAUCCUGGAUGAUUGGGCUAUUAAAUAUUUUUUGGGAUUCUAAAUGUCCUCAUGAUAACUAUAUAUUAUUAUUUUUUUGUACAGAGUCAUUGUAACGCAUUUUACUUGUCUUCUAAUACACUAUUGAUAAAUAUUAAUAAUGAUAUAUGUUGCGCUUAAAACAUUUAAUAUUGUUAGUUUUUUAUUCAAUCUAUAUACCAACUCACUUUUGAUACUUGGUAAGUUAUUUAUCAAACUAAAUUGUACUGAUUGGCCAUCUUAAAUGAGUUGAAUUUGUACUAGAAACUUAAUGAAACUCCUGCUUAGUUAUUUUAACUGGUCGGAUAAGAUUUCCUGGUGAAUAACAUAUGUUGGUCGUCAUUGAAACACUUUUUCAUCGAUUCAUUCCUUUAUUUACACCUAAUUGGCACCUAAUAAGAUGAACUAGAGGUCUAAAUUUUGAGAAUAAAAGCAAUAAAACCUCAGUUUUUGUCUCUAAAACAUUAAAUAUUCUGGUGAAA